CGAUUUCCAGCAAACAGUCUUUCUUGCACAUUUCUUGUGGUUGUCCUAAGCAUUUAUAACGCCGUAUCUGUCCUUAAAAGCGUAAGGGUUAUCUCAACCACACGAAAACUAGCAAAAGAUCUGGAAUAAUGUUCGGUGAAACACUCGAAUCUUUCCGGAAUGAGCUACGAGGACUAUCACAUAAAGAGAUAAGAAUAUUUUUAGCUGACAUUUCGUGGCCAAGAACAGUGGAAUCUUUGGUUGGCAGUGCAGUUUCUGUGACUGCUAAAAGAUCGGAAAAAUUUAAAAUUUGUGACUUGCUUUGUUGUCCAUUUUGCUGUAAAAUUCUGGAAGAUCCUGUAACUUUGCAAUGUGGAUGCACUUGCUGCACAAGCUGUAGACCAGACAAGAACAAGAGCCAACUUUCAAAUAACAAAUCUUGUGCUUAUUGUUGUAAACCUUUACCAAAUUUGUCUAGGAAACUAGAAAUCAAUGUGACGGUGAAAAAUGUCCUUACUAAACUGUUCGCAACUGAAUCUGAAGGCAUCGAGUUGAGGAAGGGCGGUACCGAAGCCUACAAAUGUGGUGAAUUCCUAAAGGCCUUGAAAAUCUACGACAAAGUUGUGAAAUUAUGCCCUCAAGACCACCUUGCCUGGAGGUACAGGGCUGAAAUUCUGUUGGAGUUGGGAAGAACUGAUGAAGCACUGGAAAAUCUCCUAGAAUCGCAAAAGAUAAACCCAUUUUGGGAUGAAGUGUUCCUCCUAAAGGCAAAGGCUUUGUUGAAAGGCAGCAGAAAAUGUGACGCUGCCGUAUCCCUGUUGAUCUGUAUCAUGAUAAACCAUCACAACAUAGAUGCAAUCACGUUGCUCAACGAGGUAGUGCUUGACCUGUUGACGCUUCAUUCAACCACGUACCAGCAUGAUUUCAAUGGUAGUGACUUUGAGCUGCAGUCUACAAGAGAUGAAUCGGACCAACUGAAAAAGGCUGAGGAGGAGGAGUCACAACUAAACACCCUCACCAAUAUUUUCCAACAAUUCAGGCAGGAAACAGAUACAAUGAACAAAACAUUGCCACAAUUGAAAGCGACUUUAUCCAGUGAGCGACUAAAGCAAUUGGAGUUGGAACUCGAAUGUAAUCUGUGUAGCAGGUUGAUUUAUGAACCAGUUACAACUGUUUGCGGUCACCUCUUCUGUAAGGAUUGUCUUAGACGUUGGCUGGAUCAUGAUCACAGAUGCCCUUUAUGUCGCUUCUCACUUUUCGAGUUCAUAGGCUUUUGGGAUCUCGAAAUAACAACUCUUGUCGACCAGCUUACGAAAGAACUUUUUCCAGAAAUUGUUAAGGAGAUGGCUGAUCACCGUUCUUCAGAACUGAGGCAGUUGGCCAGCGUCGCAACUGACACGGCAGAGUCAAUACCUAUUUUCGUAUGCUCAAACUCAUUGCCAACCAGACCCAUAAGACUGCAAAUAUUCGAACCACGCUACCGUUUGAUGUUACGUCAAUGUAUGGAAUCAGGGUCUAAACAAUUCGGAAUGUGUGCCUAUAGCAGCGAAACAGGUUUUGCUGACUAUGGCAGUAUGGUGGAAGUUAAGAACGCUUAUUUUGUGCCGGAUGGGCGAGCUUUUCUUGAAUGUUGUGGAGGAAGACGAUUUAAGGUCUUAUCAAGGGAGAUGAAGGAUGGGUACAAUACAGCCAAAGUUCGAUGGUUAAAAGAUGCAGCUGUUACAGAUAACGAUCUAGAAAUGUUGUCAAAGUUGAAUUCUGAUGUUUACGCUGAAAUGAAGACAUUCGUACUAGAGUUCCUGAAACGGCAGAAUCAAAGUGUUUUGGCUAGCCAAAUCCAGUUUCCUGCAUUAGAAAAUGACAAAAUUGGAAGCAGAGAUGGGCCAUCUUGGGUAUGGUGGCUAAUUGACUGCUUUAUCGAAGCGACAGAACACAAGAUCGAAUUCAUUUCGUCAGAAUCUCUCGAGGAAAGACUGAACAUAAUUCGCAGUCAGCUCUCAAUGAGUUGCUGAGUUGAAUUUCUGUUGUUGGCUCCACCUGGGACAUUGCCUUUGCCACAGGGGCUGAUUAAUGGUUUUCAGCCUGGCACCCAAGCUGUUUCGGUAGCCGGGCUUGCUCGCUAUGUUCCAUGAGUUCAAAUAAACUGUAUUUUGGUACUUUUUGCAAACCUUUCAGCCCGGCAACCAUAUUUAUUAUGGUUCAGCCAACCGGGCAGUCUCGCGCCCUAGCCUGCAAAAGAUGAAAAUUCCUUCGUUUUUCGCAAGGCUGAAAAGUCUUCAUUUGACAGGGGGCACUGUUUGUCUAAAAAUAUGCGCGACAACUUGCGAGUCAUCUAGGAUACCGGGCUAAAAAGGUAGUUUUUCAUCACAUAAAGUACCAAAGUUGCAAGCUGUCCUGGCUACAAAGUCAGCUCUUGUGCUGGGCGUAAAUGUGAUAAAACAGUCAGCCCCUGAGUUACUUGCCAUUAGGGUAACAGUUUGCUUUAUGGUUUGUCGUUGAAAUUGAAAAUAUUGUUGUUCAAAGCGACCCAGCUUUGUUACACUCUAUUCUUCAUUAGUUGUAUAACUUGCUUCUGCAUAGACUUGUUGUAUCUUGUAGAAAAUAGGAUCGGUGUAGUUGAAUUAACAUUGUUGACAGCCAUGAAUACGGCCCUUCUCUAUACACUCAUUUUUUCAUUUAUAAGAAACGUAUGUAAGAAAGUAAGUACUUAGGCUACUGAGUCAUUGUGCUAGAAAAUGCAGAUAUGUAGGGACAAACCUAUUGCGGUCGAGGUAAUACCUCAGCCAAUGGGUGCUUAUUCGAGGGUGGGGGCUUAUUCGAGGACAUACGGCAUGAUACUUAAAAAGUUGGCAGCUCUUUUGUCAUGCAAAUAAGUAAGGCGUUAUGGCAGCCCCGCCCACAAUUGUCAAUGGCUUUAUCGUAUAUUUUGACAUCCCUAGAUUUUGGAAAAGUUCAGCCUAAUUUUUGUAAACACAUACUACUAUUGGUUUUAGGAUGUUAUGGAGGGAAAGUGAAGGAAGCUGUGCUUUGAAUAAUUUAUCUUAACAUAACUAUCAGUAGUUAAUAUGUUCUGUGUGCGUGUAUAGCUAGCCUGCGCACAGACCCGAUUGGUUUUUCCAGAGAUUAACGGUAAAUUUUCCAUUAAACUAAAUUCAUCUCUGGGAAAACCAGUCGAGUCUGCACGCAGUAUCUAUGUAAAGGUAACUUAACAAUUUACAUAAUUUAAUUAUUAUUCUGCGUUUAUUUCAUUAAAAAUUUUUUAAUUCAG